UAGAAGCGCAGCCAGGAAGGGAGGGCGCAUUUUCUGGACCAAAUUUGACGGACAACAGGCUUUCACAAACUCCAUACCAAGAUUGUCAACAGAGAUGUCUUUUAUAUUUGACUGGAUCUACAAGAGUUUCAGCAGUGUCCUGCAGUUAUUAGGGUUGUACAAGAAGACUGGGAAGCUGGUUUUCCUCGGACUAGACAAUGCCGGAAAAACAACCCUUCUGCAGAUGCUCAGAGACGACAGGCUGGGACAGCAUAUGCCUACAAUGUACCCAACAUCUGAAGAGCUAACCAUAGCUGGAAUGACGUUCACCACGUUCGACCUCGGAGGUCAUACUCAAGCCCGAAGGAUCUGGAAGAAUUACUUCCCAGCAAUAAAUGGAAUUGUCUUCAUGGUGGAUUGUGCUGAUCAUGACCGUCUAGCAGAGGCUAAAGCUGAAUUGGACGCGGUGUUAACGGAUGAAACCAUUGCUAACAUCCCGGUUCUGGUCCUGGGGAAUAAGAUAGACCGUCCAGAAGCCAUCAGUGAGGAUGCACUCAGAGGAAUGUUUGGUCUGCAUGGACAUACAACUGGAAAGGGUAAGGUGUCCCUCAAGGAGCUGAACUUGAGACCAUUGGAGGUGUUCAUGUGUAGCGUGCUGAAGAGACAAGGUUAUGGAGAUGGUUUUCGUUGGCUUUCUCAGUAUAUUGACUGAUUAUGGUCCCUUGUAUUAGCAUUGAUUGGACAUGGUUGCUGCCUGUACACACAAAAACAUGUUGCAGAAAACUACCUGCAUUAAGCAUAGAUCUUAAGUAUGCCCAUUCUGGUAAAAAGGAUUUUCCUGUAUUACGGUACUAACAGAAAUGUCAUUCUGCACAUUGCAGUUAUAAUUUUUUUCUCCUCAGAUUAAAUGAAGAGGCAAUCAUUAACACUCAAUUGCUGCCUUUCUUCCAAAGCAUGGAGGAAAUUAUAUGUGCCAGAAACAUGUAGAUCCUGUAACAUGAUGUUGGAGCUGGACUUAUAUUUGGCCACUGGUGUUCGCUUACUGUAAAGUAAGUUUAAGUUGACAUUACAUGGUUGAAGAAACUCCCACUUGGUAAAAUUGUAUUGUAAAUCUGUUGUUACACAGAACUAAACAUGAAAUAGUUUCAUAGUUUGUUAAUAUGAACACAGUAGCUGUAACUGUUACCUCCAUAGGGGCUGACUGGUCUAUUUAUUCUUUUGUGGAAAUAAGCUCAUGACUGUAGAAUAUGGAAUGAAUGCCACCAUGGAAGCAGUAGCUGACGUUUUGUCUUUAUUUGGUUUACUUAGUAUGCCUGACUAAAGGAAAGCUGCAGUACAACCGCCUCAGCAUUGCUAAGUAACGCAAUAAACUAGUAGUUUAAUGUACAAUAGAUGCCAGACUAAAAUAUGUGUUAUCAUUGUGGUCAACUGCUGCAAAAAAACCCUGAGUACUUUGUGAUUAGUUGCUGCUUACAACAUGCAGUGAUAUUAUGAGAGUACUUGCACUUGAAUACUUUAGUAUGCACAUUUACAUAACAUUGAAAUGCAAAAGAUAAAUAUAUGUUUUGUGUAAAGUAUUUUAUUUAUAUUUGAAAGAAAAAAAAUCCUGCUACAUGUUAUAAACAUCAAACUAAUGCAUGAAGUGAAGUCUGUUACAAAAAGAUGUCUUUUUAAUGGGAUGUGUGAUAAUGUAGCACAAUAAAUACUUUUGACAAUUA